UGUAGGGGUUGCGGCAUUGCGUCGAACUGCCGCGCCGCUCGAUACGCACGGCGCGCGCGUACCGUGCGCUACGUGCGUCAUAUCAGUCCCUCGAUAAACUCCGACCAAAACACCCUUCUGCCAAAAAAAGAAAGAAAUCAAAGUUAUACACCUGGACAUUAAAAUAGAUAAACGUCAAAACCUACAGCCGCGCCACUGUAUCUAACCGCCAGUUACAAGAACUAAGAAAACUACGGAUCCGUUCACGAUGAACGAGAUAGACCUGAUCAAGGAGGUGGAGAAGCGGCCAAUACUGUACGACAAGGCGGUCAGCGGCUUCAACAAGACCAAGCUCAGAGACGACGCGUGGAAAGAGGUGCAGGAGGCGCUUAAUGUGUCGGAGUCGGAAUGCAAGAAGCGGUGGCGGUCCCUGCGCGACUCGUUCAUCAAGCUGCAGCGCACGCACGGCGGCCGCACGCGCUGGCCCUACCACCACCACAUGCGGUUCCUGCUGCCGCACGUCGAGCCUAAGGUCGACGUCAUAUCAAAACGCGAGACAUCAGAUUCAGAGCCCGAAGAAGAAGUCCGUCGACCGGGCAACUCGCUGCCUGAUUUAUCCUUCAGCGACAAAUACGACGAGGACGAGGACUCGUCGGCCAGCAAGAAACCCCGUCUGAGCUCGACAGAAGACGAGCCGUGUCAGUGUCGGACUGACCCCGACGAGUUAUUCCUGCUAAGCUGCGCCCCGACGCUGAAGCGACUGAACUCCAAGCAGAAUGCCGUUGCUCGACUCAAAAUACAGCAAGUGCUGUACGAAGCGGAGUUCGGUAUGGAACUGCCGUAUGUGACGCCGGCCAGCGAUUAUGAGAAUACUGAGUCGAAUGAGUGAUGGUAAAAAAAGAUGUCACUUAUCAGUUCUAGAGUUGGUGAAGCAAAAAGAUAAGUAACUACUAAGUUCACCUUCACACCAAAAAGAAACGCGGUACAGCGAUUUUCAAAAUGUUAAAUGUCAAAUCCCAUAUAUUUUGA